AUGGCAACCACAGCUUACGAACAUGACGCCGAUGGAGCAAAGUUUAUACCAGCAACGCAGCGUCCUGAUGGCACUUGGAGAAAACCGCGAAGAGUGAGAGAUGGUUAUAUACCUCAAGAAGAAGUACCACUGUACGAGAGCAAGGGAAAGCAAUUCAAAGCAAGACAAAACACUGGGUUGCCAGUUGGGUUGACUCCAGAAAUAGUGGCAGAAGCAAGAAAAUCUAAAAAAGCAACAGGCAUUAUACAACCUAUUCCUGGCAUGAUUAUUAACAUUGAAAAGAAGAAGAAAAAGAAGAAGUCAGCUGUAAAUGAUGUCUCUGAAAAGUUAUCAAAAUGUGAAAUAACUGAACCUACAUUCAAAGAACAGCCCGCUGCCGUAACUGCCUCAGAUCCUAACAAGAAACUGAAGAACCUUAGAAAAAAGAUCCGAGACAUAGAGACUUUAGAAGAGAAGAUAAAACUUGGCACACUAAAUCCUGACAAAGACCAGCGGGAAAAGAUCUCAAAAAAGAAUGAAAUUCUCAAAGCAAUAGAGGAGUUAGAAAAAAGUAGUUUUUAA